GUUUCUUCAUUGUCGUAACUUGUAGGGAAGAGAGAGGAGAUAGGGAAGUGAGAGAGGGGGAAACCCUAGAUUCUAUCUCCAUUCGUUUCUCAAAUCGAAGGCGAUGGUGUUCUACUUCAAGGCCCGACCAGAUGCUGGGGACUACACCAUCUUCAUGGGACUCGAUAAGUUCGAGAACGAGGAGCUCAUCAAGUACGGCUUCCCCGAAGACGUCUGGUUUCACGUUGAUAAGAUGUCGUCAGCUCACGUUUACUUGAGGCUACAUAAAGGCCAAGGCUUUGAUGAUAUUAAUGAAGGUGUGCUGGAGGAUUGUGCUCAGCUUGUUAAAGCUAACUCCAUUCAAGGAAACAAGGUGAACAACGUAGAUGUUGUGUACACUCCUUGGUCUAAUUUGAAGAAGACUGCUUCCAUGGAUGUUGGACAAGUUGGUUUCCACAAUUCAAAGAUGGUCCGGACUAUCAGAGUGGAGAAGCGAGUCAAUGACAUAAUUAACAGAUUGAACAAAACAAAAGUUGAGAGAACCCCUGAUUUGAGAGCUGAGAGAGAAGCAGUGAACGCUGCAGAAAGAGCUGAGAGGAAGCAACACCUGAGGGAGAAGAAGAAACGUGAAGACAUAGAGAGGCUUGAGAAGGAGAGGCAAGCAGAUAUGAGGAGUUACAAGGGAUUAAUGGUAACUGACAAAAUGACAUCCAACAAAGACAUUGCUUCAAGCAACAAGUCUAUUCAAGAACUCGAAGACGAUUUCAUGUAAAAAGAGCCCUGAAGAAAUGAGAGUGAAAAAUAUUCUGCUGGUGCUGUCCUUUAAAGGUUUAUCAAGUUCUUCUAUUAGCCUUGGAGCU